AUGGGAAUUGCCAUUAUCGGAGGAGGCUUGUUCCCUGCCGUUCUUACAUGCGACCUCAUUCAUCUCGCUGCCAUCUACUCAAGAUCUCUCAAAGCAGCCCAAGAAACCGCCAGCCUCGUUCCCGACUCCGUCCCCAAGCCGGAUCUCUACUCGGAGGACUCAGGAGCUGGCAAGGCAUUCCAAGAUCUCCUCAAACGGGACGACAUCUCUGCCGUCAUCAUUGCCCUCCCCAUCCCCAUCCAACCUUCCUUCAUCGAAGCGGCUCUUUCUGCUGGCAAACACGUCCUCGCCGAGAAACCCAUCGCCAAGGACGUCCCCACAGCACAGGCCCUCAUUGCCAAUGCUCGGCGCAUCAAUUCAGAGACCAAGGCCACUUUUGCGGUCGCCGAGAACUUUCGCUUCUAUCCCAGCUUCACCCACGCCGCCAGCGAGGCCGCAAAGCUUGGCAAAGUGCACAACUUCACCGUCCGCGUCCUGUUCCGCAUCCAACCCGACAGUAAGUGGUACAACACCGCUUGGCGCAAGACGCCCGACUACCAGGGGGGCUUCCUGCUCGAUGGCGGUGUUCACUUUGCUGCGGCCACGAGGCUGCUGUUAGCAGGCGACGAGAACACGCCGGACACAGUGCAAGCCUUUACCGCACUGACGUGCGAGCACUUGCAGCCCAUCGACACCGUCAACGCCAUCAUCAAGACGAAGUCCGGGGCUGCGGGCGUGUUUCAGCAGUCGGCUGGAUCUCUGCUCCAGGCAUUCGAGUGGAAUUUCUCUUACGACAAGGGUACCGUCAAGGUGGUCGGCGAGACAGUCACGGUGCAACCGGCUGGUGGGGAGGAGCAGGUCAAGAAGUUUGAUAGGACGAAUGGUGUGAGCGAGGAGGUUGCCGCCUGGGCGCAGAGCCUAGUUGACGGCAAGGUUAAUCCGUUGCAGACACCGGAACAGGCCCUUGCCGACUUGGAAUUCCUAGAGAAGAUGUUCACGAGUGGCGACAAGAAUGGAUCGACCCAGAAGUACGAGUUUCUAUAG